CCGCACCGCCGCCGGGAUCAUGGUGAAGGAGGAGUGCAAGGCGCUGCUGGACGCGCUCAACAAGGUGACCGCCUGCUACCGGCACAUGGUGCUGACCAUCGGCGGCACCUCGGACUCGCAGAACCUGCGGGAGGAGCUCAAGAAAACCCGGCAGAAAGCUCAGGAGCUAGCGGUGGCCAACAGGAACAAGCUCACCACGGUCCUGAAGGAUAAAACCGUGAGUAAGGAAGACAAAGCCGAGUUCGAGAGGCUAUGGGUGAUUUUCUCCACGUGCUUGGAGAUCCUGGAGAUCGACAUGAGGAGGGCCCUGGAGCUGGGCCACGAGUUCCCGCUAAACGUCCCCAAAAAGCACCUGAUCCAGACAGGCAUGAGCGGGGGAACCUCCGGCGUGGCCGCCAGGGCGAUGAGCGUCCAGAACAUGAAAUACGAGGCUGACCACAACAUAGACGUGGUGGAUUUGAAAGACCUCGAGAACGAAAUCAACCAGGUAGGAGAGAUGAUGUACGAGAUGGAAAUGAAGGUCAAUGUCCCCCAGUGGACGGUGGAGGCUAAGCAGGACCCGGGGGCUGAACUAAAAUCCACCAUUAGCGUGGGCGCUUCUUCUAUUGGCAUGAUCUCUGUGGAGGAAAAUAAGUCUUUCUGCGAUAUCAGCAAGGUUCUAGCUGGGAUUAUUUUCACCGCUGUGCUCAUUAUCGCUAUUGUCCUGGCAGUGUGUGUGGUAAAACUCUCUUAGGGUGGUGCAGACUCUGACAAGAGCAAUCCCUCUCCGGUCUGUCUUUGGAGUGUUUCACACUUUAAAUUUCAAAACGGGUCACCUGGAUGAGCUGAGAAUUUAAACCUAGCACCUGAAAAAUCAAAGGAAAACUUUUGCCUCUCAGUAUCCUAAAAUGCACAAUUUGUUUUUUCUUGCUUUUUGAAGAAGAGAGAUGCGAAUCAGCCUGCAGAAUAGGAUGUCUCCAUUUGCUGGACUUGUAACAGUUAACUAUGGAGUAUCAGGGUAUUAUCACUACUGGCUGUAACAGGGAUUUGUCUGCUAUUAAUAGAUCACUAUUCUCAGAAGCCUGUAUUUUUUUGUUCUCGAAUAGGCUCUGCUGUUUGCUGCUGGUCACUGUUUACAGUAUUUGAAAGUAACACAAAUUUGGAGGCUAACACUGGUGUUUUGUCCGACUGCAUAGAAUACCUUUUUAUUUUCUUCAUCAAAUACAUAAAAUAUUAUUUCAGUGGAGGAGAAGAGGAAGGAUUAAAACCCCAAUAAAAUAAUGUAAACGACCUCUAUUUUAGAUAAAUUAAUAGCUGCGGAGGGGGGAGGUGAGGAGGAGGAUGGAGGAAACAGAACAAGCAGUGUUUGAUACCAAAUACUGUUUGCUGAUUUAGGCUGGAUUGUACAGAACCCAGUUGCAUGGGUUGACAGAGCACACAUAAAUGAGUAAUGGCUUUCAAAAUCCAGGGAGAAAAGGAGAGUUGCAUAUUCAGAAAAAUAGCAGCAAGCCUCAUGGUUCAAAUACACAUUUACCACAAUUUCAUCUUCCUCUGCAGAAAGGCUAAUCCUUGCCACUGGCUCAAAUUUUUCUUUCUGUAGAAGCAAACAGUUUGCACUUCACAAUUAACUAUGAAAAUAAGAGCAAUGAAUCUACCCACAGUAGAAGCAGUAAUUUUUGAAGAUAGAUUUUGGGAAACAAAAAUGAUGUUGAGUUAAAGCAGACUUUUCUAGUAACCCACAGAGAUUCCCUCUCGUGUUGAUAGGCCAGGAUCGAUGCCAGUAUAUGUACAGUUACAUUUCCUGCAGGCUCCUAAAUUCUUUGCAGAAACCCAGACAGAGGUAAAAAUGUGUCUCAGUUUCCUAUCUCAUUCAUGUCUGAUUAAUCAUUUGGGAAAUGGGAAGCCUGUAGGAUUGGUCCAAUUUGGUAAACUGCAUUUUUUUGGAGGUAAAUGCAAGAGCAGCAUAAAAAUUUCCAGUGCUUCCCUAUAAAAAUGUCAACAUUUAAAUGUAAAACAGACACUAACAUUGCAGAGAAGCUCUAUGAUGUGUUGUAAAAGGACCUAUGUAUUAUGGUAUUAAGUAAUUUAUGAAAAUGUCUUCCGUUGCUGCGAACACACGCUAUCCAUUCAAGAAUGCUUGAUACAUACUUUAUAGUGCCCUCAGUGUAAGAGGCACUCCACAGCAAAUAUAAAGACCCUGUAAUUUUGGAGUUUUAGUAAGUUAUUAUUCUUCUGCACUGAUUAUUAUGGACACAUCAAAAAGUAACAAUCGGACAUGUUUUGUGAAGUUAUAACAGUCUUCAUGCUUGUUAAAAUUAUGGUGACAACACUCAUAAACAGCUAAUAUUUUUGAGUUAAAAAUUAAACAUACUUUGAAAAACUGCAGCAAAAUUUAUUCUUUAAAAAUCAAGAAAACUGGACUUGAGAAGAAAAACUGUCGACAAAUUUGAAUCUGGUCACUUGUAGGUGAGAAAAAUAAUGUUUAUGAGUAAAAAUAGUAAGUGGAGGCCUGAAUUAAAAGCUAUAGACUAUCAUUAUGUUGAAGGAUAAUGUGAGUUCUGCAUAUUGAUCCAGUCUAGCUCCCUUCUCGUGGGAAUUCAGUUUUAUAAGAGGACUCCAUACUCCUUUCUAUUGUAUUGGACUCAUUGUGUAGGCUGUUUCAUACGUAGUUAACUUAGGUUCGUAGAGAUCCCCAGCAGCGUUCUAACAAAGUCAAGCCUGUAUUUAUGGGUGCUACUGUUUCAGUCUGCCUAGACAAGGUGUAAUUGCUGUGUGUUGAUUGAUAUGAGAAGAUCUCCUUCACAGUCAUACCGAGUCAACAUCUUUAUGGAAAAUACAUCAAAAGCUACAGGAAAAUGUGGGUAUUUCUACCCUUUGCACUCUCCUUUUAUGUAGUUCACAGGAACGUGGAUAAGACGUUGGACUCUAUUCUGUGCUUCUUGAAAACUCCAUGUUCCUUUUGAAAUCAGAUUGUUUAACCACAUGUUCUGAAAACCCAAGUAAUGCAAGCAUGGGUUCUGGUGGAUAAGUAAAUGGCAACACCUACAUUAUCUUGUAUCUUGGUAUCCUGAAGCGGGUACACUGUUUAUGCACAGUUAGUUGUAUAGAAUUUUUAAGAAUAUGUAAUCUCAUCUUCAAAACAAGCCUCAGUGAGUUGGCAAACUGUAAAUUUUCAGUCUGUUACAUUUUUGUAGUUUAGAUUUUUGGAUACAGGACUCAAUUCCUAUAAGUAGCCUAUAAUUAUGUAAGUCUUGCUUCAUUAUGAAUAUGCAUACAAUUAGAAUUUAAAGGACUGGACCAUGGAAAAAUAAUGUAUUUUCAGAUCUUAAAUCAAAGCUGGCUGCAGAUUUAUUCAUUCUUGGUUUGCUCCUAAAAAUCUGUAUCAUCUUAUAUUUAGGCUAUCUGAAAUUAAGAGAUUAAGUAGAAUUCUAACAGAGGAUUGGCGCCAUCUAAAUGGAUAAUGUUCCUGCCAUUAACCUCCUACGCUCGAUACAAGGGUACACUCAAUGUGAGAGAGUUCAGGCACAACAGUGCACAAAAGCAAAACCAGAUGAAACCACCACUGCCUAAAAGUACUGAUGCUUCUUUUAAAUUAGAAAUAAAGAGUUGUUGUAGAUUUGCACUGUUUGGUUUUUUCCAUCACUGGAAUGCAACGGGAAGGAAACUGGAAAUACUAGUUUUGUAAGUGAAAAAUGGGAAGUCGCACUUUAAAAUACUCUAAAUAGCAUGAUGAAAAUGCAAAUACUCUCAUGCUGAUCAAUGAAUGAGAAUGUUGCUGUGUUUUCAGUACAAAAGAAGGAGGUCAUUCCUUAAUUUCAAUGUUCUACUUCAGUUCUUUUGUCUUUAUUCACAGGAUAUACACAUUAAAUUUGCUAUAUACUAAAAUCUUAAUUCUUGACUUGAAUUAUACUGGUUUUGCCUGUGCAUGGGGGGUAUUUUCUAUACUUUGAAUAAUUCAAACUUGUUACUAUUUAACUUAAAGUACAUUCUUAUAUCUUAUGGGUUGGCUUGCAGCAGUAAUUAAAACCAAACAAAAACUAGAAUAUUAAUACAGUUUGUCAGUAAGCUUUUCUAA